AUGGCGGCCGACGAGCUUGUUGCGCAAGGCUACAUGCUUCGAGCAUGCCGGGAGGUGGCGCCAGACUACAAAAACGAUACCUCACCAUGCCUGUGGCAAAGCCCUACUCCGCCUAGCCAGCAAGCCAUCGACACCUACGAGGUUUGGAAAGAAGGCUUUUUCUACGCAUGCGAACAGAGCGUGGCUCGACAUAGCGAUGCCUUAGCCGACGAACUGGCCAGCAGGCUACGAAGCCUCAGCCGCGAGGAGCAGAACCUGACGCAUAUCGCGGAGGAGGUCUGCAAGACGGCGGCCGCAUGCGGACAAAAGAACAAAGCAGAGUCAUCCUUCUUUCUUGGAGCCUCCAGCUUCUACAGGGAGCUCACCAUUUGCGACAAUUGCUUGGAUGGCAGGAACUGUUGGGGCCUUGGCAAAACCGUUGCGGAGGCCCGCUGUCGAUGGCGUGAACGGGACAGGCCAAUCUACUUGGACUACAAUGGUACAACGCCAAUCGACAAAGAGGUAUGUGCUGCGAUGACCACGAUGAUGAGCACACACUGGGGAAACCCGUCGUCCUCCCACUUCUACGGCAUUCAGGCCAAGAAGGCAUUGGAAACUGCAAGGAGGCAGUGUGCAGAGCUCAUCGGGGCCGAGCCAGGGUCCCGGGACAUCGUUUUGGACAGUCAGUUGGUGAUGGCUGCCCUCUUUUGGGAGGCAGUGGCUUUGGCACCAGCUCGGGCGGCGGCUGACACGAAGCGUGUGACCGACAGCAUCAAUCACGACGAGGUGAUUGCAAGCAGCGAAGAGGACGACGAAGGCGAUGAGGAUGAUGAUGAGGAGGACGAUGAUGAUGCCGCAAAAAAUUCCUCGGUCCCGUUGGCUUUGACCCAGUCUUCUUCAAAACCGCUCAGUUCUACGUCGCCUCAGUCGAUGCAUGCCCUGCCGGCCAACUUCGAUGCGAUAUCCUUCUUGGCAGAGACCGAGACGGCCGAGGAGGCAGCUUCAACAGCUGAGUCGGAAGCUAUGGUGGCAGAGGCUGCGGCUGCACGCUCCGCAGCGCGACUCCGCCGUGCGCAGCUGCGUCGAGCUGCUGGUGGAAGCGAGGAGGAUCGCCAGAUUGCUGAGACUUCGCUCCAUGCAGCUCAGACAGCGUGGCAACAGCGAGCACCGCGAGCGCGCCAGUUGACGGUUGGGGCCCGCGAAGCCCGCAGUGCAGCACGCAAGCGUGCUGCGGAGGUCAGCCCGAACUUGGGGGCUUCGUCAUUGCUUCGUACUUUCGGCCCGGAGAACUGCGUUUCGACAUGGCGCGAUGCGAGCUCUGGGACUUGCUUUCUGAAGACGGACU